AUGAAGCCACCUCCUGGCUUUGAGCCACCUAGUUCUGGUCCUGCACCUAUGGUCUGCAAACUCAAGAAGGCUAUAUAUGGUCUUAAACAGGCUUCUCGUUCCUGGUUCCUCACCAUCAAGUCCGUUCUUCUAAAGCUUGGGUUUUCUCAAUCCAAGGCAGAUAAUUCCUUAUUUUUUCGAAUCAGCGGUGGCUCUACCAUAUAUCUUCUCAUUUAUGUUGAUGACAUAUUAAUUACUGGUUCAUUGCCUUCAGACAUUCAGCAGGUUAUACAUCAACUUAACACUCAUUUUUCUCUUAAAGAUCUUGGUGAUGUUCAUCAUUUUCUUGGUAUUGAAAUUACCAAAACCGCUCAUGGUCUGCAUUUGAGCCAAGGGGGAUAUAUUAAGGACCUUCUCCACAAACUGAAAAUGCAAGAUGCUAAAGGAUGUCCUACUCCAAUGGUGUCUUCUUGUCUUCUUUCCAAGGGGGAUGGAGUCAGUAAUGUCGAUGGAAAGCUUUACAGAAGCACAGUUGGAGCACUUCAAUAUGCUACCAUAACAAGACCAGAGAUAGCUUUUAGUGUCAACAAGGUAAGUCAAUAUAUGUCGGCUCCUCUUGAUUCCCACUGGAAGGCUGUUAAAAGGAUAUUGAGGUAUAUUGCUGGAUCUAAAGAUCAUGGCCUGCAUAUGCAAAAAUCAUCUUGCACUGUUACUGGUUUUUGUGACUCGGAUUGGGCAGGUGAUUUUGAUGACCGAAGGUCCACAACAGGCUAUUGUGUUUAUAUGGGAAAGAGUCUUAUCUCUUGGAGCUCAAAAAAACAGGCGGUUGUUUCUAGAUCAAGUACAGAAGCAGAAUAUAGAAGCUUGGCUCAUGUUGUAUCAGAAAUCUCUUGGGUAAAAUCUCUUCUUUCUGAAUUAUCUAUCAGUGUGAAAGUUCCUGUCAUUUGGGUGGAUAACAUGAGCACUAUAGCUCUAGCCUCUAAUCCAGUUAUGCAUGCUAGAACUAAACAUAUUGAGUUGGAUAUUCAUUUUGUUACAGAUAAAGUUUCUGCUGGUUUGAUUGAUCUUAGACAUGUACCUUCUCAAGAUCAAUGUGCUGAUAUUCUGACCAAGCCACUUAGCUUGCAAUUCUUCUCGCGCUUAAAGAAUGCGUUGGGGGUUUGUUCUUUAACUGCGAUCGAAUUGAGGGAGCCUGUUAGAAGUCUUAUUCAUACCAAGCUUGCUCCACCUCAGCAUGAUACCCAACAUCUUGUGUCAUGUAGGAUGAAGACACACUCAAAUGAAGAUGCUUUCUCAAGCCAUGAAUCAGUUCAACACAGCACGUGA